ACACACACACACACAUUCACAAUACUGCAACAGGCUACACUCAGGAAAAGCACUCAGUGAGAAACAAGUGGAGAGACUGUUAGCAUGCAGGAAUAUGAUAUUAUUGUGCUUGGAACUGGACUUAAGGAAUGUGUCCUUUCUGGUUUAAUGUCUCAAAGUGGGAAAAAGGUUCUUCACAUUGACAAGAAUCCAUACUAUGGAGGAGAGAGUGCAUCCAUUUCUCCCCUUGAGGAGCUGUACAAGAAGUUUAAGGUUCCAGGUCCUGCCAAGUCUAUGGGCCGUGGAAAAGAGUGGAACAUUGACCUUAUCCCCAAAUUUUGUCUUGCCAACGGUCAGCUGGUGAAAAUCUUGGUGCACACUGAUGUUACUCGGUAUCUGGACUUCAAACUUGUUGAAGGCAGCUAUGUAUACAAAGCAGGCAAACUGCACAAAGUCCCCGGCACAGAGGAAGAUGCCCAAGCUUCAGAUCUGAUGGGCAUGUUUGACAAGAGAAGGUUCAGGAAGCUGCUGCUCUUUGCCCUGAACUUUGACGUGAGAAACCCCAGGACCUACCAGGACGUGGAUCCUUACAAAACAACCACACGGGACCUGUUCUGCCGCUUUGACCUGGGACUAGAUGUUAUGGAGUUCACAGGUCAUGCCAUAGCCUUACACAGCAGCGAGAGUUAUCUGGACCAGCCGUGUUUGGAAACCAUCAGACGGAUCAGGCUGUACUCUGAGUCUCUGUCCCGCCACAACACCAGUCCAUACAUCUACCCUGUGUACGGGCUGGGAGAACUACCACAGGGAUUUGCCAGACUGAGUGCAGAGUACGGAGGAACUUUCCUGUUGAACAGAGCAGUGGAUGAGAUUGUGAUGGAGAACGGCAAAGUGAAGGCUGUGAAAUCUGAGGGGAAGUUGUUCCACUGUAAGCAGCUUAUCUGCGACCCCUGCUAUGUUCCUAAUCGAGUGAGGAAAGUGGGGCGUGUGAUAAGAGCCAUCUGUUUAUUAAAUCAUCCAGUUAAAAACACCCACGAGGCCAACUCCUGUCAAAUCAUCAUCCCUCAAACACAACUCAACAGGAAAUCAGACAUUUACAUAUCUGUAGUGUCCUACGCCCACAAUGUGGCCUCAGACGGGGUGUACAUUGCCACAGUGAGCACGACUGUAGAAACCAGCAACCCAGAGAAAGAAGUUCAGCCAGGGCUGGAGCUUCUCGAGCCCAUCAUGCAAAAAUUUGUUUCAGUCAGCAACCUGCUGGUUCCCAAUGAAGAUGGAAAGAAGAGUCAGAUUUUUGUGUCCCGCUCGUAUGACGCAACAAACCACUUUGAGACUGAAUGUGAGGACAUCAAAGACAUGUAUCACCGGAUCACAGGAGCAGAGCUCUGCUUGGGAGGAUCACAGAGACACCAGUCUCACAACUCUGAUGAUGACUGAGAAAAACUUUCAACAUUAGGACCAAAUAAUUCAACAUCUGGGAGGCCAUAAUGACGUAAUGGACGAUUAGACUACUGCACAGCUGUAAAGCUGAGGGUGUUAUGUAGCAUGUAGAGUGAAUUGAGAGUGUACUACGUAAUGUUGGAUGUCUUUUUUGUCCUCUAAUUUGUUUGCUAUAAUUUCUCCCUAUUGUGAAAUUCUGUAAAACAUGACGUUGCUAAGUAAAACAUCUUUUUCUUUUGUCAAUCCUGCAUUUGCAGUGUUUUGGUAUGACACAAAGUAAUACUCUGCAACCAUCAAUACAACUUUCCUGCUACA